AGUCACACACUGGGAUCCUGGAGUGUGUUUACCUCCACACACACUCCUCCUGAUAGUCCAGGACGUGGGAUUCCGUGUUACACACCCACAAGCCGGCUCACAGUCCCACACCCCAAAAAACAGGAUCUUUUGAUGAAUGUGUAACCAUGCAUACACACCUUUCUCAAACAUACAUUCCUCUGCAGACUGAUUAAAGCAGCUGCUCCGUGGCUUAUAGAGUGACACUUCAGUAGUCUAGUGACUUGCAACCUCUGGUACUUUGGCCGCACAGUUCAGCACCAAGUGGAUUUCUUGCCUCCUGCUGAUCAGUGACCAUUUAUCUACCACUGCAUCAAUGGAUACAGUCUAGUUUUCGAGGCUUGUUUUAAGUUGCCUGCGACUUGUACUUGGACACAGGCAGCUAAAGCAAGUCUGGGACGCCAGAGACACACCUACAAGCCUAGCCCUGAGGAGGACGGGACCUGGGAAAUACACUAUUUGCUAUUGAAUUCUGCAUUGAUCAGAGGAAAAACCUUGAAAUCAUAUGUUGGUUACAUUUUCAUGUACACACAUGCAUGCUGUCACCAUGUAGUUAAAUAAACAAAAUAACCAUACAAAUAUAUAGCCUAUACUCAAUUACCUAUACUGCAUUUUUUCUACAGUGUGCUGAGCUCAGUCAGGUGACACACGGAGCAAACACUGAAAUAGAUGAUGAAAGAUUAGCAGACAGUUUACUUUCAGUUCAGUCAACACAGAUGGCCGGAUAUGCAAAGUAUGAUUUGAAUUAAAGGGUAAAGUGAAGAUCUUCUGUCAGGUACAUUUAUUGUAAUUUCAUUCACAUUUCUGGUUUAAAAAGUUUGAUAUAUUUUUUGAUUUAUUCAUUUUUAGGUAAAGUUUGUGUUUUUUAUUUAACAGACUUUCCUAGUCUCUAGUGAAACUUGAAACAAUGAUACUUUCCACCUUUUCCAAGGGAAAGCUGACAGAACUGAAAGUGAAAAGUGUUUUAGAUUCCUGUAGUAGCACCGAUUGGCCUACUCUGUCUCUUUAUGACAUAUAUUGGAUUUUUGACAAGACAAGCAAGAUGCUAAACCACACAAGUUCCUGGCAGAAAUGCAUAUAUGUCAAUGUCAGAGUGUUUACAUAUGCUCUUUUUAGGUGUUUUUAAAACUAUUUUAUUGACCUUUUUGCCUCGAUUAGAUCCCUUUCAGUGGAGAUGUAGAAAAAAAAAAACACGGGGAGAGAAAGAGGUAACACAUGUCCCGGAAUCAAACCAAGGACAUUACAUUUACAUGGUACACAUCUUAAAACACUAAUUCUCCAGGACACCACCUCCUUUUAGGUAUUAUGGACAAAAUUUUAUCAUGUCAGGGUUUUUGACACACUCAUAAAUGACAUACAUUUCCUUUAGAUUUAUAUUUGUUGCUUUUAAACACCCUAAUGUGCUCCAGAGCAGAGAAACAGACUUCCAAUUAUAACAAUAUAGUUCUGGAUUGAUCACACUGAACACUAUUAGAGAGUGUGUCUCAUGCGUGAUAUACAUCAAUUUAUAAAAAGUAUUCAAAUGACAUUUAAUCACAGUGUUGUGCUGCAUCAUCUGCCUCAUGUUAUGUGUCCGUAAUGUCAACAUUAUUUGCAGCUAAAUGAAAUGCUUGUUGAGUUGUUCUGCCUGUCUUUGUGAAUGUGAAACACUGAUGGACAGCAGGUCAUGCCUGUCAAUUAUUAAAUCUAUCACCCUUAAAAAAACAGGCUAUAACCACAGUUUUAAUACUAAUAAUUACGAAGGGUGUUUAGACUAUAUACUGUGGUGACAUUAUAGAACGUGACAAAUGUGUGCAGCCUGUGUCUACAGUCCAAACAUGAAUAGGGCAGGGCAAUAAAGCCCAUAAAGCUUGGCACAGUCCACUGCAUCUAAAAAACACAAGAAUUAGAAAAAUAUGAGUGCACAUGAUAACGUCAGUGAGCAUCAGAAGCCAUGGUUUUAAAGUUACAACCUCAUUACCCUCAGAUUGAGGCUAUAUAACCUUAAACCCACAAACAGAAGGUUAGGGGGGAUGAAAUGUUCUUGUUUUCUCGUGUGCACUGAAGCGUGUUUUUCAAGGUAAAUAUUCUUUUUCCAACAUGAAAUAGGUCUUUGUUGUUUGCCGAGAGGUAAAGAGGCGGAAAAGUGAGGAGGAUCUGAACUGGUUUCCAUGUCAAACACUUCAAUUCACCAUAGAAACUCAGAUCUUAACGCGGAAACUUUAUUAAACUGUGAUGGUGGAUUGAUAAGGGCCGAAUUUCUAUCGGCCUCUUUUUAUUGUGGGCACCAGGCGGGCUGACAGAGGUAAAUUGCUCUUUUAAUUAAAGCAAUGCACCAGGGGAAAUUGCUGUCUGAAUAUUGUCUCAGAGAUGGGGGCCAGUGACAGUUGCCUGGAAACUUCAAUCUGUCCACCCGCAUUUAUUCCAGAUCACAGUUAUGAGAUAAAGUUUAAUAAAAAUCUUUUCCUCAGCCACCAACGAAAUGAAAUCCAACCCUUUCUGAACAACCGAACACAAUGAGACAGGACUGCGGAGAAAACCUCAUGUUCAACAUGUAUCUCUCAGAUCCAACAGAAAAUCUGCUGAAAGAAAGCAAAGGAACAACUUGGGGUCCAAUAAACACAGGAGUACAAAAAGGCAGCGGGCAGAUCCAGCUGUGGCAGUUCCUGCUGGAGCUCCUCUCCGACAGCACCAACAUGUCGUGCAUCGCCUGGGAGGGCACCAACGGCGAGUUCAAGCUCAUCGACCCGGACGAGGUGGCUCGGCGCUGGGGGGAACGCAAAAGCAAACCCAACAUGAACUACGACAAACUGAGCCGCGCGCUGCGCUACUACUACGACAAAAACAUCAUGACCAAAGUCCACGGCAAGCGGUACGCCUACAAGUUUGAUUUCCACGGCUUGGCGCAGGUGUGCCAGCCGUCCACCACGGAGCAGGCCAUCUACAAGUUUCAGGGUAACUUCUCCCCGAUUCCCUUCUCCGGGAUUUCCAAACUGAACCUCGUGGCUCCCGGCGUGGGGCCUUCGGGUUUCUCCUACUGGCCCGGUUCCCCUCCGGCGGCUCUGUAUCACAGCCACAACCUGCAGCCUCCAGGGCCAUUUGGCACCGUGUCUCCGUCCCACAUCAGCUGUGUCAACAACAUCAACAGUCUGACUAACAUCAAUAACCAUUACAACUGACUCUUAAUGCAUCUUUUAGACCAGCUGGGAAAAUGUAGACACCGCAGGUAAUACGGCAACAAACGAAGAGAGAUGACACAGAGCAAAGGUCGGUUCUCGUAACUUGCAGGUGAAAAUAGCCUACUGGCUUAAUUUGGUUAAACGUGAAUGUUUUUAGACAUACACAGCACUCAAGGGUUGUUUCAACAGCAUAGGAUAUAUUUAAACAUGUAAUUAUGGACCUGUAGUCAUGUAGAUGCUGCUGAGACGACGGUUGUGCAGUAUGUAAGCAAGACGUCUAAAGACUCGCACCUAAACAAAAAAUAAUUGAGCCCUUUUAAAACCUUAAACCAAGACACCUUUUAACGAGCAAAUUAUUAAAUCCAUCAAGGGGCCUGCUGUCAAAUUACGAUUAGAACUUUUACGCGCGGUAUUAUAAUAAUUAUAUUAGUUCUCUUUUAACCCAUAAAGACCCCACGUAUGGAAUUUCCUCAUUUCAGCCAAAAACCAGUUAAAUUAAAUCGGAAAUCAUCCAAAAGUUUCCGUGUGGGACACCGGUUCUCGAAAUGAACAAUGUAGGCUAUAGAACAUUAUUUAAAAAAUAAUAGAUAAUGAAAUACAGAUUGUCUGUUUUAUACCUAUCAGUUCUCCUUUUCUGUUCCUUUGCUGUCUCUCAUCCUCCUCCUUUGAGUUCUGGGAUUGUUUUUAGACACGGGUGGGUGUGUUUGCACCAGCUUGCACUAGUCACCAGUUAUUAUUGGACUAUUGGCGCCAUCUCGUGGUUUGUAAUGGCCUAAUGCCUGUUGGACACCAUUUUUUCUUUUACUGCACAGCUAAAUAUCACUACUUGAAAACAGUCAUCUGAAAUAUAUUGCCACUUUAAUCACUGUUUGCUCAGAAAUCAGAUUAAGCAUAACCAUGCGAUUUUAAGAAAAUCAAGCGUAACCCACUUGCAAUACAAAUAAAACCAGUACAGAGGUACAGGGUUGUAAUUUGUGUGAAAUAGGCUCUAACGUGAAUAGUAACAGAAACUGUGAAUUCAUGAGCUACUCUGUAAAUACUGUAGGGAGACAGGCUCAGGCUAUUGCUGCUUUUUAGUGAUUUUGGAGUAAAUUACAUUGCAUUCAUUCACACAGCUUCAUACUGUAGCUAAAACAACUGUACCAAUGAAAAACAAAUGAAGUGAAUAAAAGCAGACUGUUAUGAAUAAA